UGACCAGUCCCCUCACGAUGUGGACCUUUCUGGGUAUCGCCUCCUUCAUCUACGUGUAUAAAAAGUGUGGAGACCUCAUGACUUAUGCUAAUAAGGAAGUGCUACUCUCUGUGUUAGUGUUUUUCUCCCUUGGCUUGCUGCUAUCCUACAGAUACCACUUCAGGGGGGCUAAGCAGCAGCAGCAGCGGAAGACCCACCUGGGGAUGCUCUCUGAUGUUCUCUCAGCUUUGCCGCUUGUUGGCUUCUUCUGGGCAAAACCCACCCCAGGAUCUCAACAAGUCGAACAACCCAAAUCCAGAAAGGGUAAAAAAGAAGUAAACUUCUCAGAUGUAUAUCUGACAGAGACUGCUACAAAUACAACGUUAUCGCCCCAGUGCGAUCCAGAAAUCAUCAUUGUGGGAUCGGGCGUCCUUGGUUCUUCCUUGGCCACGGUGCUGUCGAGGGAUGGAAGAAAGGUGACUGUGAUAGAGAGGGAUCUGAAAGAACCUGACAGGAUAGUUGGAGAAUUGUUACAACCUGGAGGUUUUAAUGCACUUAAAGAUCUGGGUCUUGAAGAUACAGUGGAAGGUAUUGAUUCACAAACAGUAAAUGGUUACAUAAUUCAUGACAUAGAGAGCAAGACGGAGGUUGAAAUUCCUUAUCCAACAUCUGAGGAUGGCCGUGUGGCCAGUGGAAGGUCUUUUCAUCAUGGCCAGUUCAUCAUGGGUCUCCGAAGGGCAGCUAUGGCAGAGUCCAAUGCAAAAUUCAUUGAGGGGACUGUGUUGCAGUUGCUCGAGGAAGAUGACUGUGUUGUGGGUGUUCAAUACAAGGACAAAGAAACUGGAGAUACUAAGGAACUUCAUGCACCACUUACUGUUGUAGCUGAUGGACUUUUCUCCAAGUUUAGAAAAAACUUGGUCUUCAACAAAGUUACUGUUUCAUCCCAUUUUGUUGGUUGCAUUUUGAAGGAUGCACCACAGUUUAAAGCUAAUUAUGCUGAACUUGUUUUAGCUAAAACUAGUCCAGUGCUAAUUUAUCAGAUUUCCUCAACUGAGACUCGGGUCCUUGUUGAUAUUCGAGGGGAAAUGCCAAAAAACUUAAAAGAAUACAUGAUUGAGAACAUUCAUCCACAACUACCUGAUCACUUAAAGGAACCAUUCUUGAUAGCAGUUCAGAAUGAUCGUUUAAGGACCAUGCCAGCCAGCUUCUUGCCUCCUUCAGCUGUUAACAAAAAAGGUGUUCUUCUUUUGGGAGAUGCAUAUAAUAUAAGACACCCUCUAACUGGUGGAGGAAUGAGUGUCAUUUUAAAUGAUGUUAAAAUAUGGAGAUGUUUGCUCCAGGAUAUUCCAGACCUAUAUGAAGAUUCUGAUAUCCUUAAGGCGAAAAAGACAUUUUACUGGUCAAGAAAAAAAUCUCAUUCUUUUGUUGUGAAUGUUCUUGCCCAGGCACUUUAUGAACUCUUUGCUGCCACAGAUGAUUCCUUGCAUCAGCUAAAGAAGGCCUGUUUCCAUUACUUCAGACUUGGUGGGGAAUGUGUCUCGGGUCCCGUAGGAUUGCUGUCUGUGUUGUCUCCUAAACCAAUGGUACUGAUUGGCCACUUCUUUGCUGUGGCUUUAUACGCUGUUUAUUUUUGCUUUAAGUCAGAGUCCUGGAUCACCAUGCCUCGAGCAUUUUUCAACAGUGCAGCUAUUCUUUACCGGAGCUGUUCUAUAAUAUUUCCACUUAUUUACUCUGAAAUGAAGUAUUUAGUCUAUUAAAAUCCAGGGGGAAAUGAAUGGAGGAAGAAAACAUAAAAAACAUGAUGCCUUCAAAAUCUUUGGACAUGUUCUAUUUAAUAUUGUAUUAUGUUUUCUUCUCUUCAAAAUGCAAUUUCCUUGAUAAGGAUGUGACUUAAUUUUUGGUUUUGUGCUUAUAUACAUAUAUAUUAUAUGUAAAUACUCUUUUCUUUGCAAUUAAAGUUCAAAAAGGAGUUAGCUGUUUACAAGGACCAUAAUUAAGUGUUGACAUGUGGUAGAUAAUUGCCAGUUUUGUCAGAAUUUUAUUCCCUGCUUUAUCCAUUGCCGAGUGCACCACUAAUAUUAAUAAACUGAAAAGUGAACACUGUAAACCAUAUGCUGCUAUUAUCCUUCAUGCUUUUUUUCUGUUCAGUAGUUCCAUAGACUGUUUCUUUAUUACUGUGAAAUGUUGUAACAUUCUUGAUUUGAGUUACUUCAUUAGGAUUUGCCUCUGUUCUUUUUCAGUUGCAGCUAAGGUACUAGUCUGCUGACACUUAAAAGGACACUGUAAAGGAUUUCAGAUCUUGAAGUGUCACUGUGUACAACUUCAGUCACUGUUGCAAGUGCCAUGUUGCUCUUGUGAAAUCAUUCUUUACACCAGAAUUAAUUUAAGCAAGUACUAAUCAAAGCAUAGUUAUGUUGGCUGCUGCACUGCGCUGCACUCAGGUACCGAAAGCACAGGCUUUGGAAACUUUCUUCCUAUUUCCCUUCCUUUUAAAAACUUGGCGGGGGGUUUCUUUGGGUUGACUCGGUGUGUGUGCAAUUGCAGUUUAACACUGCCACCAACUGAAGCACAGCAGCAAACCACAGCCACUGGGACAAAUUCAGUCCAGGCUAUUUCCAGUAGACACUAAAGGCCUCUUUAAUGCUACUGCUUAAAAUUCAUGACAAAUACCACGAAAGUGUCCUUUUAAUACUUGGAGUAUGGUUUGUUUCCUGUAGAAAUUAGUGCAUGCCACUCAAGAGUUCAUGCCUUUUGCUGCUGGUCACUAUUCCUCUCAACGUUUUCUUGAUCAACUUGCUUUCCUUUGCUCUCCUGCAUUUUGGUUUUUCCUUGCCUGCCUUAGGCUGGCUGUGUGUACUGCUGUGUGUACUGCUGUGUGUACUGCUGUGUGUACUGCUGUGUGGCUCCUCUCUUGGCUUGCCUGAACAACCUCACAUCAGCGCAGCCAACAGCCUACAGAGCAGGGAAAAAUCAUGGUUUUCUGCACUGGUGAAACUUCGACUGUCUCUUGAAAAUGGCAGAUGGCAUAAGCUGUGUAUAAACAUACAUUUUGUGUUGAACUGUGAAAAAAUUCAGUGGGGAGGCUUUUUUUAGUGUUUUAUUUGGUGGAUAUUUCUUUCCAGAAGCAAAAGUAUGUAUAUUUUUCUAACCAUAUCACUUUUGAUACCCUCUUGAAAUUAAACACCUCAUGAGUAUGUCUGUGUUUAAACUUUAGGGUAAAGUACUAAUGCUUUCAAAUAUUAUUAUAUAUGGUAAUUAAAUGAUGCCCCUUUAAGGGUAUACAAAGUUUGCUGAAUUUAUACAAGUGUUUUCAAAAUUUAUGACAAUUUUGAAAAUAUUGAUUAAUUUUACAUUUUCUAUUUUUUUAUAUUAUUUGCAGUCAGUCUCUUUAAAGUCAAGGAUAAACAAUCCUGAGCCAAAUACGUGUCCUCAGCUAACUUAAAUAAAAAAUUGUGAUACCUGUAGAUUAUUUUUUUUUUGGUGUGUAUCUCUGGUUAAUGAGCUUUGUUAGGUUCUGAUUUAUCAGGAAAUAGCAGUGUGCUUAAAUUUACAUAUAUGUUUAAGCUCUUUUUUUUUUUUACUUUUCUUGAACCCAGUGCCUGGUUAAGUGUCUUGAUAGUCAGGGUAAGGAUCACUUCUUGUUGGAAAUUACUUUGGGGGAGAGAAAAAAUCUUGCAUGUGUAAGGAAGUGCAACUUGAAAAUAUGACUGAUGAAAUGGUUCCAUGCCCUGUCCUCAGGACAGGAGAGCAAGAAGGGUAAGGUUGGCAGCGAGUGGGCAAUGUCUGUGGGUAAAAUGGCAUCUACUGUUGGUAGCCAAAGCGUGCAGCAGACAGUCUGCUCUGCAGGAGCCCUGGGUUUGAUUUUCUACACCUGUACGCAGAGAAGGGAAGUGCUGGGCUAGGAGAGAUGUGUCACAGGCACGAUUCAGAAUUUGAGAGGAGCACAGUGCUGUCCCCACAGUCCCAGAGCAGUGACAGUGACAGCCAACCCAGAGCAGAAGGAGGGAGAGAAGCAGCAAUACCUGGUGAUGAGAUCGUGGGUUGUGACACGGUACGGGACUGUGGAAACUUGCUGGUGGUGGGGAGGAAAGAGGAAGCUGUAGGUGCCUUCUCUGCCAGUCUGGUGCUCUGGGGGCUUGUUCAUAGGUGGGGAGUUGGUUUGUGCAGGCAAGUGUCCCAUUUCUUGGAGCUUGUUUGAGACAUUUGUAUCAUGUAGGUUGUGUCCUUGGUCUUCUGGUUUUUUUGGCUUUGCUUUGUUUUGAACAAGCCCUUUACUGGAAAAUAUAUGGGGCAACGAGGGGGUUUUUAUUAUAACUUCAAAAUGCCUGCCAGGGCCGGCACACAGGGUUGGAUUUCAUGUGAGGGGUCUGUGCCUGGGCUUAAUGCCUCCUCUUGCUCUGGUGCAACCAAGUAAAAAGCUGAGUGGUGGCAAUUCUCCUCUCACCUCCACUUUCAUCACCUGGAACAAAGAGAAAGCAUUUGACCAGUCCUGGAUCAGCUGAUGGAUUUUGUAAUUUAUGACUUGACUGUGCUUCUGAGACAGUGUGGUGUUGGAAAUCUCAAGCAUAAUUACAGAGUCUCUCUGGGAAGUGCAUCGAUAGAGGCUUAAGUAGUCCGUUCUGCAGCUGAAGAAAAGAGGAGCACAUCAUUUUCUUGAGGUGUAAAUGACUGUUAGUGAUGUCUGAUCUGAAUAGCACUUGGAAGACUUUACACUUAAAACUGUCAAGUUGAAAUCUGCACUACGCUCAGGGAAAAACAACCACCGGUAAUGGGGACCAGGUGCUGUUCCUCACCUGUGUUGCCUCAGCUCUGCUCCGGUUGAAUGAUGAUUUGAAGAACCACACUUGAGUUUGGUUGUAAUCGAGCUGGUCCAAAGUCUGUGCAACAUCAGUGCUAUUUACUAGUAUUUCCAACCAUCUGUGGAGAUCUGGAAAAAAAGGGGAUGAUUAAAACUGAUUGCUCCCUCCCUGAUAA